AUGCGCAAUGCAACCGACCAAUCCAUCUCUAAUCACACAAUCCCCAUCUCCUCACUGCUCCACGCACCUGCCGUUGCCGCUGAGGCUGCCGCUGCCGCUGACGCUGCCGCUGCCGCUGCCGCUGCUGCUGCUUCGGCUGCACCUGAUGCCUCAUCCGGCUGCCGGCUGCCGGCUGCACAACCAUCAUGCCCACCUCGGUGA